AUGGCAGGCAAGAAGAAAGAGGCGAGUCUGCAGGCCUCUGUCACAAACCAGGAGCAGUGGGAGGAGAUGCUUGCAACCAAAGGUUUAACAGUGGUAGAUGUCUACCAACAGUGGUGUGGUCCCUGUCGAGCUGUGGUUAGUCUCUUACGGAAAAUAAAGAACGAGCUGGGUGAUGACCUGUUGCAUUUUGCCACAGCCGAGGCAGACAGCAUUGAUGCUUUGGAGAGGUAUCGAGGGAAAUGUGAGCCCACCUUCCUCUUCUGUGGCGGUGGGGAACUGGUGGCUGUGCUGCGAGGGGCCAACGCUCCUCUCCUUCAGAGGAUGAUUGUGGAGGAACUGGCCAACGAGAAGUUGGUCCUGGAGCAAGGUGGUGAACGCAAAACGGUUAAAGAUGAUGGUCUUGUUGAUGAUGAUAAGAGAGACGAGGAGGAGACAUCACAGCAGUCAGAAAAUGAAGAAAGCAUAAUAGUUCCUACCAGUAAAUCCUACACAGUUGCCAUCAUCAAACCAGAUGCUGUUGCUCACGGCAAGGCAAAUGAGAUCAUUAUGAAGAUUCAAGAUGCUGGGUUUGAGAUCCUGGCCCAUGAGGAACGCACGCUGACUGAGGUUGAGGCUCAAGAUUUUUACCGUCACAAAGCAGAAGAGGCUGGCUUUGGAGACUUGGUGCAGUUUAUGUCCAGUGGUCCAUCCCAUAUUCUGGUACUCUCUCAGGUUGAGGGCUCAGCUAAUGUUGUGCCAGCAUGGCGGGAGUUAAUUGGCCCAGCUGACAUAGAGGAAGCUAGGAGAGAUCAACCAGAAAGCUUGCGGGCACAAUACGGUACACAGACACUGUUCAACGCAGUGCACGGUAGUGAGGACAUGGACCAGGCCAGCAGGGAGCUUGCCUUCUUCUUCCCCAACUUUAGGCGGGCCUCACUGACGGAGCAGGAUGGGGAGGAAGAGCGUGUGGAGCGGACACUGGCUCUUAUCCGGCCUGACGUUGCCAGAGAUAACAGAGAGGAGAUCUUGGCUCAAAUCCACAAGUCAGGCUUCACCGUGGCUUUACAAAGAGAGGUAAUGUUGACAGAGGAGCAGGUCAGACAGUUUUACUUCCAACAUGUCGAGGAGGACUACUUUCCUGCGUUGCUCCGAAGCAUGACCAGUGGACCAGUGCUAGCUUUGGCUCUGGCCAGAACAGGGUCUGUUGCUCACUGGAAAAACAUCAUUGGUCCUUCUGAUGUUAAUAAAGCCAGAGAGGAGAGUCCUGAAUGUCUAAGGGCCCAGUUUGCUGUGGAGAACGAGCCUAUCAACCAGCUGCAUGGCAGUGAAAGUCAUGAAGAGGCAGAACGAGAGAUCAACUUCUUCUUCCCUAAACAGCACACACUGGCGGUGAUCAAACCGGACGCCAUGGAUCAGCAUAAAGAGAAUAUUUUGGAGGAGAUCAGAGGCAGUGGUUUCUCUGUAACGCAGCUGAAGGAGAUGGUGCUGUCAAAGGAGAUGGCUGAGGAGUUUUACAAAGAGCACAGAGAGAAGCCUUUCUUCAGCCAACUGGUGGAAUUCAUGUGUCGGGGGCCUUGUAUGAUGCUCGUCCUUACCAAGGAAAAUGCAGUGGAGGAGUGGAGGGCCACAAUGGGCCCUUCAGACCCUGAUCAAGCUAAGACAAUAUCCCCAAACUCCCUGAGAGCCCGCUUUGCGUCCGACAUCCUCCAUAACUCAGUGCACGGCUCCUCCGAUGAGCAGCAUGCAGAGGAAAAGAUCCGUUUUAUCUUCGGUGACAUCUGCGCCGAGCUCACCGGUGAUGGAGAGACUGACACAACCGGUUUAGAAAAAGAGCAAGACAAUUCUGCAGAUGAAAACACAAGAAUGUCAAGAUCUUCCACUGAAGAAAUGUCUGAUAACCAUCGCGAAGGUGACCCGUCUAAUCUCAAUCCCUGCAGCCCACAGACAGAAGGAAGUGACAAUCCAGAGCACUCAAACUGA